AUGUCCUCAUUUUUAUAUACAGUUAGUUCAUUUUUUAUUUUAGAUAAUAAAGGUGAAAGAGUAAUUUCCAAAUAUUAUAAUAACGAUUUCGAUAAUCUUCAAAAACAGAGAGCAUUCGAAAAGAAAGUUUUCGAUAAAACAAGUAAAGUUAAUUUUGGUGGUGAAAUUACACUUUUGGACAACUAUUUAAUUGUAUAUAAAGCAUUCUCAAAUAUUAUUAUUUAUAUGAUUGGUGAUUCAGAUCAAAACGAAAUUGCUUUAUUAUAUGUUUUAAAUUCAUUUGUUGAUACCUUACAAAACUUAUUCGAGAACAGCCAAAUUAAUAAAAAAUUAAUUUUAGAUGGCAUUAAUUAUACACUUUUAACAUUGGACGAAAUUAUUGAUGGUGGUGUUAUUAUGGAAAGCGAUUCAACUGUUGUUGCAGAUAGAGUAGGAAUUAAAUUACCAGAAAAUGAUGACUUGGAGGAAUCAAUUAAUAAAACUGUUACUUCUGUUAAAGAACAAUUCUUCUCAUUCUUAAGAUAA